AUGGCCCUUCUGACCCUGGGGAAUGCGGCCGCCGCCGUACUGCUCUACUUGGUCGCAUCCUUUGUUUGCCGCAUCGUCUAUCGCCUGUAUUUCAGUCCGUUGGCCAAGUUUCCCGGACCAAGACUCGCGGCCGCCACGUACCUACCGGAAAUCUACUAUGAUCUUUUCCACGGAGAAGGCGGCCAAUUCCCCUGGGCUAUUCGGAAGUGGCAUGAGCAAUACGGCCCUAUUGUUCGCAUCAACCCGAACGAACUGCAUGUGAAAGACUCGUCUUGGUACGACACGUGCUACUCCAGCACUCGCAAGUCAUGGAAACAUCUGCCGGUGUUGGACGCUGUCGGGAUGGGCAAGUCAACCGUAGCCGCGUUCAAUCCUGAUCGAUGGCGAAUCAAGAGGAAUGCCAUCAGUCCAUUCUUCUCACGCAAGAACAUCGUGGCAUACGAACCCCAAAUGCACCGCCACAUGACCAGAGUCAUGAGCCGGCUUCAGGAAGAAUACAGUGGAACCGACAAAGUCCUGAGUCUUCACCAUUUCUGGGACUGCUACGCUUCGGAUAACAUCAUGGCCUUUGCCUUCGAUCAGCACCACGACUUUGUCAACAGUCCUAACUUCCACUCCAGCAUCAGCGAAGGCAUGGAUGCCAUUACCGAGAUGUCGAAUAUCUUCAAAUACCUCACCUACGUGCCCAAGAUGAUGGAAAAACUCCCUUCAUGGUUGGUCGGCAAGCUCAACCCAGCAAUCUUGCCCGUCCUCAAAGUCCAGGACGACUUGCGAACCAAAAUCACCGACGUCCUAUCUCUCCACGACCCCGACCGGAAGCAAUCCGACACCAUCUUCGGCUCUCUCCUCCACCAAGGCCUCCCACCCGAAGAACUGACACAUCUCGCUCUGCACCAAGAAGCCAUGUCCGUCAUAGGCGCCGGCGUGGAAACCGUCAACCGCGCCCUAACCAUCGCCUGUUACUACAUCAUCCACGACCCCAAAAUCCGGACCCGAGUCGUCUCCGAGCUGACCGAAGCAAUCCCGGACCCGAGUAACAUCCCCGGCUGGGAUUCUCUCCAGAAGCUUCCGUACCUUACAGGAUGCAUUGAAGAAGCUUUGAGAUUCACAUACGGUGUGAGCCAGCGCCGGACUCGCGGGUACAGAGAUGGACCACUCGUAUAUCAGAACUGGGAAUUGCCGCCAGGGACGUGGGUGGGCAUGGAUAACUUCGACGUCGCUCACGAUGAAGCGAUUUUUCCGGAUUCGUUCGCUUUUAACCCGGAGAGAUGGAUGGGAAAUCCCGUUGCGGCGGAUGGGAGGCCUUUGGCGAGGUAUCAGGUUGCGUUUGGGGGCAAGGAGCAGAGGAGUUGUACGGGGAUACAUUUCGCUUAUGCCGAGUUUUACAUUGCGAUGGCGCACUUUUUUCGUUCGCCGUUGGGGGGGAGUCAGGCGGUUUUGGCGGAGGGGACGGAUGAGGGGGAUGUGAGGAUGACGCGAGAUACCCUGGUGCCGAGACCGAGGAAGGGACGGAAGGGUGUGAUGCUUGUGUUUCCUUCGGGCCCUGUUGAUGAGAAGAUGCAGAGUUGA